AUGGUGCGAUGGCACGAGGAGAAGGAGGGGCGCGCUCUCCGCUUCCGUUGCCAGAUCCAUGAAUCCUGGGGCGAGUGGAAGCAGAGGUGGUUUCAGCUGGAUGCCCGGGUGCGCAAGCCCUUAUCGGUCACUCCCAACACCGAAGUCGAGAAGUUGGCGGAAGCGAUGGCAGUAACCCACCGCAAGCUUUCUGGCGUGGCUUUCGAGCUCAACCCCAGCAACAACUCGGUCUUGUCCAUUGCUGCCAAAGCGUUGGCAACAACCCCGCGGAAGGCUCACAGAGAGGAGAUCGGCGCAGGGCUCGUUUGUGCUCUUCGCUGGCCUAGCAUGGACCACAAGGAGGCGUCAACGCGGGUGUAUGGACAC